AUGUACGGGCAACCUUUCACCCCGCGUCUACCCCUACCAUCACAAGUGCCUGUGCGAGAACCACCAGGGUCCCGAAGGACGUCCAUGUCUUUGGAAAUCCCGCAGUGCAUCCCCAAAUGGAAUAUGCCAAAUAGAACAACAACUCCCGCGCUCGGACACGACACACUACGUGAGCACUUCGAACUACUGCAGACUACCGUGCCAAGGAACAUUGAGAUUAGCACCAUUCCGAUCGGUUCAUAUGCCCAUUUCACAGAGUGUGCAAGCUAUGAUUGGGACCUCACACUCUUUGGGGAAUGCUUUGUUCGGGCACCGGGGGCGCCACCUCUAUUACGUCGUUUCAAGCCGGGAAUGCGCUUGCCCGAGGCAAGCCUGUCGCCUCUGGAUGUGGAGCUGGCUCAUGAUGUUCCAUUGUACCAAUACGAGAAUUCUCUCUUGGCCAUUGCUUCAAUGUCACCGACGCGAAACAUGGAUGAUAUCGAUGUCUUGACAAGUCAGCUCGCACUGGAGAAGCUCUUCAACUUCGUUGCGGGUAGGGCAAAUGAGGACUUCUGCUUGCAUUUGUUCCUCGUCGGGGGUACAAUGAUUAUUGAGGAUCGCAGCGCUCAGUAUGAUAAGCAGCCAGUGCUUGACUUAUUUGCUCAUGGCCUGCCUGGCAACCGUCAUCACAAGGGCUUCUCAGCUUUUACCAGGUUCACCGGCAUGAACUUGGGCGGAAUGAAAGGUCACUUUCGGCUACUUCAGUACAAGAUGGGACCACUGAACUGUGUCGUCCGAUGUCUUUCUCACGCCUUGUAUGAUCCUAAUGGGGACACAAUCGAACAACUUGUUGCAGAACCUGGGGAAGUCGACGGGCACAAUUCGGCUGCCGCUUCAGACACACCGCAGAAGUCCAACCAGACCACCAAGCCAGAAGUCCCAGGUCUUGACAGCCAGCCUGAACAAAGCAUUGGGAAGGCGAUGAACAAGAAGUCUAAAAGCGGACCUAGUGUAGUUGAAACUUCCAUGGUACCCACAGCGCCGCUGCCUCGGGUCACGAAUGCCGUGUCGUCGAAAACAAGCACCCAAUUGUCUGACACUGCCCCUGCAUACACGACGAACGCGUCUCCCCAGCCCUCGGUUGUCACUUCAGAGCCAGAGCCGUCGAUAUCGGCACACGCGCAAGGUAUCACCUCAGCGAUGAUUCCAAUACCGAAGAGGUCGUACCCACCAAAUCAAGCGCCUCCCAGUUUCAAAACUGAUGUCGGAGGCUCAACGACGGUAGUGCAGAGCUCAGACCAAACCACCGUCAGAGAUUUGAGGCCGUCGGAUCACCAAGCCCACAGGGUUCAACCCCGUGAGCCGCUUCCAGGAGACCAGUCAUCCAAGAUGCAAGGUCGAGAAAAUGGACGUGCUGGUUGGCAGGAGAAACAGCGCGAUGCCACAUCUACAAAGAAAUGGGAAGAGAGCAAAGAUCCCUUUGUUACUCAGAAAAAGCUCGUCGCAAUACAGACGGAAGACAUCUCAGACAAAGAAGGGCCUGAAGACUCUCCGGACAUGGCCUUAAUGUGGCUCGGCCGAACAAGCAACCUGGUCCACAUCGGUCACGCUAACGGUUAUAUCGAAUCUGUCGAGUAUCGUGAUCUCCGGCGCAGUUUGGAGUUAUGGGAGAAAAAUCGGGGAACUCAGAUCAAUCUAAGGAGGCUUUCCUCCUUGCUUUGCCAUCUCUACCGUGGCCUUCAUCAGCGCCAUAAGAAUGUGGUGAUAGGGGGUGCCUUUAUAGCCGCUUUUGGCCUGGACGCCGGGGGCAAUGCCGCAUUGCGUAUAUUCAAUGGGCCCGAAGGCUUUUCACGGUCGCCGUGUCCGGGUAACCAAAUCGAGGAGUUGUGGAGUGAGUGGGUGCGCAGUUCUGGCCACAGGGAUGGCAGGUCAUGA